AUGCGCCGCUGCUCCUGGACUCGGUACGGCUGCCUGCCUGUGCUGCCUGCUGCUGCCUGUUGCUGCCCGUGCCUGUGCUGCCCGUGCCUGUGCUGCCCGUGCCUGUGCUGCCCGUGCCUGUGCUGCCCGUGCCUGUUGCUGCCCGUGCCGGUGCUGCCCGUGCCUGUGCUGCCCGUGCCUGUGCUGCCCGUGCCUGUUGCUGCCCGUGCCUGUGCUGCCCGUGCCUGUGCUGCCCGUGCCUGUGCUGCCCGUGUCUGUUGCUGCCCGUGCCUGUGCUGCCCGUGCCUGUGCUGCCCGUGCCUGUUGCUGCCCGUGCCUGUGCUGCCCGUGCCUGUGCUGCCUGUGCCUGUGCUGCCCGUGCCUGUUGCUGCCCGUGCCUGUUGCUGCCCGUGCCUGUGCUGCCCGUGCGUGUGCUGCCCGUGCCUGUGCUGCCCGUGCCUGUGCUGCCCGUGCCUGUUGCUGCCCGUGCCGGUGCUGCCCGUGCCUGUGCUGCCCGUGCCUGUGCUGCCCGUGCCUGUUGCUGCCCGUGCCUGUGCUGCCCGUGCUUGUGCUGCUCGUGCGUGUGCUGCCCGUGCCUGUUGCUGCCCGUGCCUGUUGCUGCCCGUGCCUGUGCUGCCCGUGCCUGUGCUGCCCGUGCCUGUUGCUGCCCGUGCCUGUGCUGCCCGUGCCUGUGCUGCCGGUGCCUGUUGCUGCCCGUGCCUGUGCUGCCCGUGCCUGUUGCUGCCCGUGCCUGUGCUGCCCGUGCCUGUGCUGCCCGUGCCUGUGCUGCCCGUGCCUGUGCUGCCCGUGCCUGUGCUGCCCGUGCCUGUUGCUGCCCGUGCCUGUGCUGCCCGUGCCUGUUGCUGCCCGUGCCUGUGCUGCCCGUGCCUGUUGCUGCCCGUGCCUGUGCUGCCCGUGCCUGUGCUGCCUGUGCCUGUUGCUGCUCGUGCCUGUGCUGCCCGUGCCUGUUGCUGCCCGUGCCUGUUGCUGCCCGUGCCUGUGCUGCCCGUGCCUGUUGCUGCCCGUGCCUGUGCUGCCCGUGCCUGUUGCUGCCCGUGCCUGUGCUGCCCGUGCCUGUUGCUGCCCGUGCCUGUGCUGCCCGUGCCUGUGCUGCCCGUGCCUGUGCUGCCCGUGCCUGUGCUGCCCGUGCCUGUUGCUGCCCGUGCCUGUGCUGCCCGUGCCUCCACGCUGCUGUGGCUGCACUGGGUGUACGACUUGGUUCCCAUCCUCUACGAGGACAUAGCACCCCCUCUCGACUUCACGGAACCCUCCACGUGGUACGAUCAAUACCUAUUCUUCCCCUUUUGCGCAGGCAACGAGAAGCAAAUACCGCCUACGACUCAUCACGACUGGGCGGCGAAAAUUCUCCGGGACGCGGGAAUCACAUGCUCGCGUGCGGUACACGCGACCAGGGCUAGAGGGGUGCAGCACGCGUCCGUGGACGGAAUGCCUUCGGAUCAGCUCGCGAGGCUGGGGGGUUGGCGCUUCAUCGACGUGAUGACUAAGCACUACCUCACAACCAUUCCGAGGGAGGCCGUUCUGCCGAAGGCGGGCUUCACCGGGGUUGACGGUGACUACUUCCUGGGUCGCGCAACUGUUCCGGUCAGCGAUAAGCUGGAUGAGCUACUGAGGAAGCACAUUUUCCCAUGGGCCGCCGCGGACAAAGGACAGCAACAGCUAUUUCGCGGUCGCUUUCUGUCCAUGCAGGAGGUGAGUACCAGAAUGGACGCGCAGAACCAAGUGACCGUCCUCACUGAGUACUUGACUCGUUCACAAGCGGACAACACUAGACUGGGCCUAGAGUUGGUCGCGACUCAUAAACGGGUGAAAGAGUUGGAGGGGCUGCUGGAGGAUCGCGAUCGGAAGCUGGCCGAGAAGGACGAGCGCGUGAAUGAUUUGGAGGCCCAGCUGUCGCGGCUCACCGUGAGCAGCUCAGAGCCGACCGCGGUUCUUAACCAGGCAACCACUCCUGGAGCCGCGGCCGCGCCGACCAAUGCCACAACUCCCACCGAGCAGGGGACGCGGAAGAAACCCGCAACGCCCACUAGGGAACAGACGAUUCGGGACGCGAUCGUCCUUCCAUGGGUCAACGCCACCAAACCGUCAGACGGAUGGAAGCUGUACAAGACAACGCACCCGCUGAUCCUCGAGAGUCCAGAGUCGCUUCUGGCCCAGCCCCGCGGCGCAGUUACGCGAAUGGCCGCGCUCAUUGGAGAGGAGGGAGGCGGCUAG